AUUAUGUUGUGUUUUAUUUCUUCUAAUAACUUGUCUGUUUGUUGUAUGCUACAUGUACAAUAACAUGUGCAACAUGUACAUGCCAUAUCUGUAUAUUUUUUUGGUUUUCCAUCUAAAAAGGGAGCAUAGCAACACAUUUUUCUAACGUUUGUACUUGUCUAACUGCCAUGACAGUAAUAAUCUUAAAUCUAAUCCGUUAUAGAAAUGGGAAGUGAUUCAGCACAAAAAAAACUGCUUCACUAAAAAUUCACUGUGUAGCUCUGCACUGCAAAGGGGAGAGGGGGCAGGGAUGGAUGGAUGGAAUGUCCUGCAGCCUUUUACAUAGACAAAAUUCUUUGUUUGUUUAAAGUAAAACAUUUAAGUGCCACAAACACUGGAGAAACCAGUUACCUACUGGUCCCUGUCAUACGCCCCCCGUACGCAACAAGUUAUCAGCUGUGGCAGGAAGGCUGCACACCAAAUUUAGACACGCAACUCAAAACCUAAGAUGAUGAAAUCGCGCACAGAAUUAAAAAACACCUAACACAGGAAACCAGAAGUAACCCCUGAAAACACCAAACAUGCACACGGGUGUGGGGGAAAAGGGAAGUCGUCAAAAUUCUGUCUUGUGUUCAAAUGAACCGACUGGAAGUGAUCGGUUUGAGAUAUAAUUCCUGUGCAAGACAAAAACUUGAAUAACCAGAAACUGUGAACCACUCCCCUGCCUGGUAAAACCAAAUAUACACACACACACACACACACACACACACAGAGCAGCAGGGAGAAGCUGUGAUGAUGUCCUGUCAUGCUGGAGGAGCAGGAAGAACAUGACAACAGGAGCGAUAACCAUAUUCACUUUGACGAUGAGUUCUAUAGUGCCAUCAUGGACGAGGACUUGGAGCGUAUCGAGGAUCUGUCAGAAAAGCAUGGGAGCAACAUUUGCAUCCAGGUACGACGCGGAGCACGCGGGAGGAUUUUUUUCAAGGGCCUGAAGAUCCUCCCUCUUCACCUGGCUGCCUGUUACCGACAAGUGAAGAGCAUGCAGAGCCUCCUGUCAUCAGGAGCCGACCCUGAAGUGAGGGACCAGCUUGGUCGAACCACGUUACACCUGGUGAUCACCAGCUGGCCGAGGAUCCCCAAGACUUCGCCCAAACCGCAUUCCAAGUUGCAGCCCGCUGCGAUCAACACCAUGCAUGGGAAUGCGGAGGCCUGUUUACGGCUCCUCUGUGAACAUGGUGUCGACAUCAGCGCAAAGGUGGAGGGAAAUCGCGAGGAGACGGCUCUCCACCUCUCAGUACGUUGCGCCGCACAGUCUGCCGUCCAGAUUCUCACCAGCUACGGUGCCAAUGUCAACGCGGUGGACAAGAGUGGGAUGACGCCCCUGCAUAUGGCCGCCGGGACCCUCCAUAAGGACAUUAUAGGCAGCUUAAUCAAGCAGGGAGCAGACAUCAACAAGGCAGUGGAGCACACUGGAAACACUGCCCUGCACCUUGCUGCUGUGGCCACAGCUAUGAAAACCACCAACACACUGGAAAACGACAACAGCUGUAUCUCUGCGCUGCUGGAACACGGAGCCGAGCCCAACACCGAGAACAAGGCCGGGCUUACACCCGUACACGAGGUGUGCAGCAUGGGCAACAAGGAGCUGGUGGACCUGCUGCUCAGAUACGGAGCCAACAUCGAUAAGCCCAGCCGUGCGGGGGAGAACUGUCUGUUUCUGUUCCUGAACCACAGGCCUAACGUGAGCAACAGCUCGCUGCUGGUCAAACUCCUCAGCCUGACAUCUCCGCUCACCCUCUACAACCACAACGGUCACCUGCCGUCAACACUGACACUGCCCUGUUUCUUCAAGCAGCGAGAGCAGCUACUGAAGCUCAGCCAGCAGCCGCGGAGACUUCAGGAUAUUUGUAAGAGACAUAUUUAUCUGAAACAUGUCCGAGAUGAGGGAGGGGAGUUGAAAGAAAUGCUGCCAGAGAGGCUGUAUGACUUUGUCUUCACCUGCUGGGAGAACAUUCACGACAUCUCCUUUGUGAGUGAAGAUGAACAAGACUCUUUGAGUCACAUAUUUGAAGGUACUCCGAGCUGAGACCUCAGAUACGACACAAACUAACCAAAUACUAUGUAAGGGCAGCGUCUGUUACCUUCAGGUCUCGAUGCAUGAUUCCUCUGGAGUGAAUGUAGUCCACCCCUUCAAGUAUGUUUCUCAACAGUCUGAGUGUGUGUUCGACAUCAACACAUCCAUACGGACCUGCAAGUGGAUCCCAGGAGUGUUAAAAGAUUUGACACAACUUCAGUAUCAGUAUUGUUCCGAUAUUGGUUAAAGUCACUGGAUUGGAUAUCCGACAACAAAGAAUAAUGUAUUGUUCAAAGAGAGAUGUUCAGUUAUCCUUUAACAGUGUUACAAAUAUACAGUAUGAUUAUCUUGUUCUAACUAUGACAAACUCUCAACAUUGCACAUUUUACCAGCUGCUAGUC